GCCACAGUUCCCGGCCCAGCGGGCCUUCGCGUUGCGCCACCUGGUCGAGCCGCCCGCCCGCCCGGCUCCCUCGCGGGCCGGACAGCGGAAACCUCCCAACUUCCGAAUUUUUAAAGUUCCUGUUGCUUUGGACAAUGGAUGAACAAUCACAAGGAAUGCAAGGGCCACCUGUUCCUCAGUUCCAGCCACAGAAGGCCUUACGACCAGAUAUGGGCUAUAAUACAUUAGCCAACUUUCGAAUAGAAAAGAAAAUUGGCCGUGGGCAAUUUAGUGAAGUUUAUAGAGCAGCCUGUCUCUUGGAUGGAGUACCAGUAGCUUUAAAAAAAGUACAGAUAUUUGAUUUAAUGGAUGCCAAAGCACGUGCUGAUUGCAUCAAAGAAAUAGAUCUCCUUAAGCAACUCAACCAUCCAAAUGUAAUUAAAUAUUAUGCAUCAUUCAUUGAAGAUAAUGAACUGAACAUAGUUUUGGAAUUAGCAGAUGCUGGUGAUCUAUCCAGAAUGAUAAAGCAUUUUAAGAAACAAAAGAGGUUAAUUCCUGAAAGAACUGUUUGGAAGUACUUUGUUCAACUCUGCAGUGCAUUGGAACAUAUGCAUUCUCGACGAGUCAUGCAUAGAGAUAUAAAACCCGCAAAUGUGUUCAUUACAGCCACAGGAGUGGUCAAACUUGGAGAUCUUGGGCUUGGCCGGUUUUUCAGCUCCAAAACCACAGCUGCACAUUCUUUAGUGGGUACACCUUAUUAUAUGUCUCCAGAGAGAAUACAUGAAAAUGGAUACAACUUCAAAUCUGACAUCUGGUCUCUUGGCUGUCUACUGUAUGAGAUGGCUGCAUUACAGAGUCCAUUCUAUGGUGACAAAAUGAAUUUAUACUCUCUAUGUAAGAAGAUCGAGCAGUGUGACUACCCACCACUUCCUUCAGAUCACUAUUCAGAGGAACUACGACAGUUAGUGAAUAUGUGCAUCAACCCAGACCCUGAGAAGCGACCAGAUAUCACCUAUGUUUAUGACGUAGCGAAGAGGAUGCAUGCAUGCACCACAAGCAGCUAAACAUGUGGAAGAUCAUGAAGAAUAUAACCAAAAUAACUUAAAGUAUUUUUGUGCAAAUCAUACCUCCCUGUUUCUGUCUGGGUGUUAAGAUUAAUAUUUCAGAGCCAAUGUGCUUUGAAUCCUUAACCAGUUUUCAUAUAAGCUUCAUUUUGUACCAAUUUAAGUUACCUUUUUGCAAAACCCCAAAUGACUUUGGAAUAAUCAAAUUACAUGUUAGGAGAGUAAGUAUAACAUAAUGGUUUUUAGUGGCUAUAGGUUUUCAGGCCUACGAGUUUUCUGCUGAUAAAUUUGUGUUCAGAUAGACUCGCAGUGCCAAUAUUGCAGGUGCAGCCUGGCACUCAGCAGGACUGACUCCCCAGCUGGGAAAGUGUCUGAACAUGUGACUUGUUUGCUUUUUAGUCAUUUAUGGACAUUUGAAAUGAACACAAUUGUGAACUUUUGUGAUGACUUUAUUUGUAACAGUUUGAAGUAUGUGUUUUAGUUCUUAGCAUUGUAGCUUUCAAAUAUAAUUAAGAUAAAUGUAGACAUAUACUAUUUGAGAAACAUUUUAAAAUUCUUUGCUUAUACAUUCAAAAUGCAACUUUUAAAUGUGAAAAGAUUUGGGGACAAAAUGUGAGUCAGACACUGAAGAGUUUUUUGCUUUAUUUUAUUUUAAUAUCUUUGAUAGUUUCUUUGCAUUAAAAUGGUAUAAAUGAAUCCCUUUAAAAAGUGGUUAAGGAUUUGUUUGGCUGGUGUGAUAGUAAUUUUGAAACUUGCACAUUGCCCAAGCUUUUUUGUUUUUGCUAUUGAUUGUACAUUUGAAAAAUAUUCUCUGAAUAAUCUUGCAGUACUAUACUUCAAUUUCUUUAUAAAUUUAAAUGCUAUACUCAUAAUUGUACACUGUAGUGUAAGCAUAUGUUUUAUUCAUAGAUUUUAUUGAAGUUCUGAUUGGUCCCCUUCAGAAUUUUUUUUAUAUUCUUCAACUUAUUUAUAUUGUAUGUGCAUUUUAUUCAUUAAUGUUUUCUGAGCAUAAAACCUUUUAAAAAAUCUUUAGUAUACCAACACUUUCCCUGGAUUGAAACAUUUUUUUAAACUUAAAAAUAUUGGCCUACCCUGUGUGGAUGGAUGUAUUCUGUCUUGUUUGAGAGGAAGAAAGGAUGUAUGUUGCGCCCGUAUCUGUGAAUGUUGAUACAGCUUCAAUUCAUUGGACAAGGUUGUAAUUGUAGAACAUGUUUAAAGAAAUGAAAACUAUCCAUUGUUCCACAGCCAGAAUUUUUAUGAGAUUAACGUUUCUAUUGAGAAGCUUUUAAGCAAAGUACUGUAUUAAUGAAUGAAGAUGACAGAGAUGAUAAUGCUUCAAUUACUUUAAGGAAAUGGGCUGAGUUUCCUAAAUACUGUUGUGGAGAUGUGUUUUCCCUUAACAACUUCCUGUUAGUGGUGACCACUUAAUUCCUCACAGCAUUGUGAAACCAAAAGGCUGAGUGGCGGGCGCCAUGCCACCACAUGACCUCGGGAUCCAUAAUCCUGCUGACAUGAAGACCUCGUGUUCAGAGGACACCUACCUUUAGCUGAUAAAACUGCUGGGUUUUGUUUUUUCAUAUAGGUGUUUUUCCUGCAAUCAUUUGAAUACUUUCAAAUAACUUAUACAUUUAAAAAAUAUGUAAAGGGAAAAACAUACAAGCUAUUUUUUUCCCCAGAACGUAAUCAGUUAUGUUGUCAAUCAGUUAUGGUAUCUGAAGGAAGAUUAUCUCUUAGGAUAGGUAGAUGAAACCUGGUUGAUCAUAUGUGAGGGCUGGAUGAAUUGUUCUUCCCAGGUGCUAAUGACUUACAACAUUUUUACUGAGCACCCAGAGAAUUAUCUCUAGUAGUAAAACUGUUUUUAGUUGACCAUUGGUGUCAUGUCCAUUUUAAUGUAAUGUAAUGGAGAUGAAAUGUUCUGUGAUUCAAACGGUCUUUUUCUUGCAAUAUUUAAAAAUACACAGCUCUAAACUGUAUUAGCUUACCUGCUAACAAUGACUUUUAAGCAAAGAUUUAAGCUUUUAUUUUAGUGAAUAUAUCUGCUAAAGGAAAUAGCUGGGAAGAAUUGAAUGAUCAGGGAAAUUCAUUAUUUUCUACAUGUAGAAGCUUUUUGUUUCUGAUAUUGUAUCUUUUUUAUCUAAUUGUUUAUAUUUUUCCUGAAACCACUGUGUAAAAAAUUUUAAUUUAGAAUGGGAUCAUUUCAAAGAAUUAUGAAGAUGAUUAAAGUUUUAAUUUUUAUAAUCACCUACAAAAUGUUCUCUUUAUACUUCUGUUUAUAAAUAAAUUUUGUGUUGAUUAAGUAAAACAUUUUAAUUGAAUGGAGAAUCAGUAAAAUGAAAGGUACAUCUGAUUCUAAACCUUAUUUAACCAUUGGUACAGGUUACCCAGGGGAUACUGAGGGGUAACUUUGUAUGCUGAGGUUUAGGAAUGGUGAAUGAAGGGUACUCCAAUAUAAAUAAAGUGCUCAACAAUGUGCAAUGAUUGUAAAUUUAGAAAGAUAUUUCAUGAAUGCUUUGCCAUUCUCCAUAGUAUCUGUCACAAAACACCUUUCUUGUAUCCAUAUACUUCAGGUGUUGCUGUUAACAUUUACAUGAUAUUUAUUUUAACCAAAAUGUUAUUCAUAUUAAAUGUUUUUCUUUAAAAUUAAUGUAUUAUGUUUAUAACCCACAAUUACAUAAUUAUCCCAUGCCUUAUAUUUCAAUAGUACUGUAAUAUGGACUUUUUGUGAAAUACUUUUAUUUUGUUAUGCUUCAAAUACACAUACUAAAAGAUUCUGUUACUAGCUUUGAAAAUUGUAUAAUAUCCUAAUAUAAAUAAAACAUAAAAUUAAAAAACGAAUACAA